CCAUGAUCGAAGCUACCCUUCUUAUCGUGUCCAAUACCAAAUUCCGUAACGCAACAAGUACACAGUUUUGAGCCUUCCAAGUUCUCAUGGUCCACACGGCACAGUUUCAACUCUCCAAGAGGACCUCGACAAUUUAAGAGUCCAUGGCCCAGACAGAGAGAGAGAGACUAGAGAGCAUGCCCCGCCUGGUGGCAACUUGACUCUCCAUACAGAAUAAACACCAGAAACAAAAGAUUUCGAAAUCCAGUUAUUUCUGUAACUGGACGCCUCUAAGUCGCCAAAAACCCAUUUCCUAGUACUUCAUUUCAAGGUAUCCCAUCUGUAACUGGACGCCUCUAAGUCGCCAAAAACCCAUUUCCUUUUUUUUUUGUCACUCUGAUCAAAUUCCAUCGACAAUCAUGAUCAAGAGGAUUAGAGGGUUCAGGCUUGGACGCAAGAAACUAGCAAGAUUCUUCAAAUGGAUCACCCAACGCAGAAGAGAGCCAGCUCGUUUGUGCUCCAUGGACCACCCAAGAAGGUCCUGCAAUACCAUUUCCAAAAUCUUGGACAUGGCUCGAUAUUUUACACGUGGAGCUAAAACUCUCUGUUUUCCAAAUUCGGAUCCGGGUUAUAUCAAAUUGGGUCAUGCGAAACCAAUGGAGGUACCCAAAGGACGCUUGGCUGUGUACGUGGGCGAAUCAGAUGGAGACACGAGGAGGGAAUUGGUGCCUGUCAUUUUCUUCAAUCACCCUCUCUUUGCAGAGCUAUUACAGAGAACGGAGAGGGUAAACGGGUAUAAUCAUUCGGGUGGGAUUACUAUACCGUGUGGGUAUUCGGAGUUUCAGAAGGUAAAGAUGAGGAUUGCCGCCUGGGAAAGUUGCCAUACUAGCAUAUGGAAGAGGCGUUAUAAGUAUUGGUGAUAUUUAAUGUCAUUGGUGGGUUUUGAGCUUGCACUACAAAUAUUUUUAUCAUCUUUUAAUGAAAAUUAAAUUCCAUUAGUUUUCUGUGAAUAGAUGAAAUAAAAUGAUUGCUUUUAGUAA